AUGAGUAGCGGAACCCCGUACAUUGGCAGCAAAAUAAGUUUAAUAUCCAAAGCACAGAUCCGUUAUGAGGGCAUACUGUCUACGGUGGACACGGACAGGUCUACGGUGGCUUUGGCCAAAGUAAAGUCGUACGGAACAGAAGACCGACACACUGACAGACCAGUGCCGUCCAAAGAUGAGGUGUACGAGUUCAUCAUCUUCAGAGGAAGUGAUAUCAAAGACAUCACUGUGUCUGAGCCUCCCAAGCAGCACCACGGGCUGCCACGUGAUCCUGCCAUUGUACAGUCUUCUGUCGGGAACUCGUCUGGAUACCACCCUCGCUGGAGCCCAUAUAGGGACAUGAUGCCCAACUACAACCAGUUAGCAGCCAGCACCCUACUGAAUCAGCAGUACAAUGCAGCUCUAGGACUAGGUGUUCAUGGCUUUCCAACCAGAAGAGCACCCAUGGUUGAACAGGCCGUGCAGACGGUGCCACUGGCCACUGCUGGUCAGAAGAAGGGGAAGGUCCCAGUCCAACAACUGGGCCGACAGACUGGUGUCCGUUCCAGCCAACAGCAGGACAACUCUCAAACACCCAGACAGAAGGAAAAUGUUCCUUCUAAUCGGACAUCUUCUCAACAAAGUGCUUCUAAAGUUCAAACUCAAGCGGACAACCAAAAACGGCGCCAGAAACAAGCUAAUCGCAGAUCCAGAAACCGAAGUAAAGGACAACUUUUGGUGAAGAACUCAAAGGCCAACACUUUACAGUUUGAGUCUGACUUUGAUUUUGAAACUGCAAAUGCUCAGUUUAAGGAUGAUCUCACUAAAGAAGUUGAAGUUGAGAAGGUGGAAUCUGGGGAGGCUGAAAGCAGCCCAGCCAUUCAGGAAAAGGAAAGCAUUGGAGAAAAAUACUAUGACAAAACAAAGUGCUUCUUUGACAACAUCUCCUCAGAUCUCAAGCCCAGGAGAACCACUUGGGCUGAGGAGAAGAAGCUGAACAUGGAAACCUUUGGGGUCCCCGGGCGCUUCCUGCGAGGAAGAGGUUUCCGUGGCAGAGGACGCAGAGGCCAGAGCAACACUGAGCAGAGGCCCCUCCCAAAAGUUGGUAGUGGGAGGGUGUAA